GUGGCUGCUCAGGGCUGACAGUACGUUGCUUCUGCUCACCGUCCAUCGCGACGCUUCGUGCGUUUCCCCUCGUCGCGUUUGCGGCUGAGCUGGUGGGCGUUUUGCGGUGGACUAUGAAUGGAACGCCUGCGAGGGAGGGCGUUGACGGUUGGAUGUUUGGUGAGGUUCCUUUGCCGGCCUUAUUAGGUCGAGGUGGGUGCCAGUUUUGGACUUUUCGCCCUUGUCAAUCUUAUACUGCGCGUUUGAGAGUCCUGUUCCGCAUCGCGAUACGUCACUUCUACACAGCGCUCCUUGGGCUGAAAUUCUGAGUCGCAUAUUGUACGGCACAAGUCGCGUUGUUCUGGAUCAUCUUAUCCUGCCUGCUGGCCAGAACAUUGGGCGCAAAAGAAAACUUCACCCUCCUUCUCUCUACAAUCUCUCAUAAGUCCCGCUUGUCGAGUCUACUUCUGCGAACCCUUUCAAGUCCUACAAGUCUUUCUUAUCUUCGACAUGGCGCCAUGGCCUCAAAAUAACGGAGCGCCGAAACCAUCGCAACCCUCAACAACAAAGCCUGCUCAGUCAGAUGACCUUCGGCCCGCAAGUAUCGCCGCAGGAGUCGUCUUUGGCAUCUAUCUUGUCAUAUUCGCCAUACUCGGCACCUGCACCAUCGUCCAGUACAUCGGCCGACGAAAUCGCAAGCCCCAACCCAUCCCCGAGUAUCUCCGCCCGUCGAAUCCCGCCUACCUAUCCCGCACCGGCAACAACGCCAGCUUCCUGGCCCAGGACGUUCAUAAUCCGCGUCGCGACGGCGCGCAGGACCCGAAGAAAGGAUCCGAAGUGGUAACGCGUGAUCUCGGGAGCGGUCCGAUCGGGACGCCGCCAGUCGGACCGGAGGUGUAUGUUGUGUCGCCGCAGCGCACGCCAGGGGUUUCGGCGGUGGAGGCGCCGCUCAUUCCGCUAAAGGCGACAAGGCAUGGUCAUCCGGAUGUUUUGAGGCGGGAAGAGAGCGGCUAUAGCUUGCGAGAUGCGGCGGGUUAUGGGGAUUCGGACAGUGACACUGAUACUGUGACGGGGUUGGAGCGUCGGGUUAGCGAUGUGAGCGAUGUCACUGUUGAUUCGACGCGGCGAUAUUACUAUCCAGAGGCUUAUCGGGGGAAUAAUCAACAGUAAUGAUGAAAUGAUAAGUUGGAUACCCCGUUUUUAUGAUGCUUUUCAAUGAGCGGGGAAAGAUUUCUAUGUCUGUCCAGGUACCCCUCUGUCUCAUCGCACUAUCUUUCCCGCGACGAGCGAUACGGUGUUCCGAUUUCGGCAUCCAUUUAUUGGAAUAUUUGAGCCGCAGAGCGAUUAUCAUGGCAUAGGUGCGGAGUAACGAACAAUUCAUUAUCUUAUCGGUCUUCAUGUCAAUAAACAC